AUGAUUUCCUGUGCCUAUUCACCUACCGAUCGGUCCACAUCUGCGCGUUCACAGCUGUGCAGUCACUCACAGCCGUGCGUUCACCACUGCACGUUCACCCGACGGACCAAACAUCGGAAUAUUCCCGGCGCAAUAUUCACUGCCAUCAGAGUAGGCCCCAGCCGUGCCGAAAAUCUGCCUAUUAAAAGGCAAGUUUCACCUCAACUAUUCUGUGCAACUGACAGCCGUGUGGAAACCCGCGCUAACAAUUUACAUUCGCAGUUGACGAAGAACGUUGUUGCACAUUUACUCACGAAGCUCCACCUAGUACUGACUGACAUCAUGGUGGGAUCUUCCGCUGUGGACUAUUCACCAGUUCGCGAAGCUGGGCGCAUCUUUUCUUAUCUCUGUGAUCAAGCUGAGGAUCUUAAUCUGCCCAAGGAGGUGACUGAGAGCAAAGAUGCCGUUUCCUUCUCUUCAACACACGAUGAAGUUUACUUUCCAAUCCCUUUCAAGGAAACCGAGACACUCGCUGCCCUGAAGGGUGUUGAGGGUUCCGUGGCCGGUGCCAUUGCAGACCUUCGCUACGGCCCCUCUGAACAGAAGCGCAACGUUAAAAUAAGUCUUGAACGGGCGACUGCGUUUGGUUGCCAGGCUUAUAUGGCUAAGGUCGACGGGCUGUCCAAGUUGGACCCCGAGGUGAAGAAGAAACUCAAGGAUACCGACUUGCUCGCAGCCCAAUCCAAUGGCUAUCGCCGGAUGUCCGCCAAUCUCUAUAAGACUAAGAACGACAAUGAGUUCUUCCACAUCCAUGGCUCGUUGGAGGCCACCACAACGCUCAACAUGAUUGGCCUGGAAGGGCAGCGUCCGGACCUGACAGAUUACGAGGAGAUCAUUAAGGUCAUCGAGAGCCACGUGCAGAAGUAUAGCGCAGCCGAGUUGGAGGAAAUGAACAAAGAGCGACGGCAGGCGGGUGUCACCGCGUUCAAGUAUGACGACUUCAAGCAGACCCAACAUGGAGCGCUAAAUGUCCAGCAACCACCAUGGAAGGUUAGCCGUCUGAAUGGAGACUUGCCUCCCACACCCUUCCCAGCCAGCCGCAGCGGAAGCAAGAGAAUUCUCGAAGGUGUUAAGGUCCUAGAGCUGUGCCGCAUCAUUGCCGGCCCUACUGUUGCACGCAUCCUGGCCGAAUACGGCGCGGAUGUGCUGAAGAUCACCAGCCCCAACCUGUCCGAUGUACCCUUCUUCCAAGUCGACGGCAACAUGGGCAAGCAUGCCGCCGACCUGGACCUCAAGAGCGAAGCGGGUCGCCGUCAGUUCGAGGAGCUCGUGGCCGAUGCCGACGUUGUCGUGGACGGGUACCGCCCAGGUGCACUUGAUAAGUUGGGCUAUGGCGCCAAUGCUCUUGCUGCCCUGGCUGAGAAGCGCGGAAAGGGCAUUGUCUACGUAAAUGAGAAUUGCUUCGGUUAUGAAGGAGAGUGGGCCGGCCGUCCUGGCUGGCAGCAGAUUGCCGACUGUGUUACCGGUAUCGCGUGGGCCCAGGGACAAUUCAUGGGCCUUUCCACCCCCGUCGUCCCCCCCUUCCCCAUCUCCGACUACGGUACCGGCUGCAUGGGCGCCAUCGCCGCCCUGACUGGUCUCUACAACCGCGCCAAAUAUGGCGGUUCGUACCACGGCAAGGCGUCUCUCAUGCACUACGACCUGCUGCUCUUUGCCGUGGGUCAGUACUCGGAGGCCAUGCAGGAGAAGAUGCGUGCCGCGCAGCCAGCGGAGUUCUUCAAGCUCCGUCACUGCGACAGCGUCGACCGGAUCUCAUCGACCGUUCUGAAGAUAAUGCAGGCUCGUUUCCCUCACCUCUACCGCACCCCUGAGGAGGCGGGCGCAGAGGCCCUUACGGAGAAGUGGUUCUCUAAGGGAUACAACGCGGACAUCGAGAUCGUUCGCCCGAUUGCAGAGAUCGAGGGUGUCGACAACUCGUUCAUUCGGUCCAGUCGCCCCAACGGUACCGAUGCAGCGAGCUGGGAGGAUUUUGAGAAAGACGUAGAUAGCCGGAAGGCGUGA